AUGGCCAGCACAGAGCGAACCAGAGAGUUGGUGUUCAACGAAGAUACGGUUGAUGUUGCAAUGGCGAGAUUAGAGGCGUUUGAUUGCGAUACGCUUUUGGCUGUACACUCACGCCUGCAGACGCUUGUUGCGGAGAGGACUGCACACGAACUGAAACAAAGUGGAGCUAGAGAGCCAAUCUGCCUGAAUGGUACGAAGAUACCACCGGAGAUCAUGUUCAACAUCCUCGAAUGGUGUCGCCUGGUCUGUAGAUCGUUCUACAGCAUAGUGACUGACGUACGAACAUGGACUACAAUCCCUGAGGUCGCAUAUAAGACAGGAGGUCGACUAGACGAGGCAAUUGUUGGUCUACCUGAAACACUUGAGGUAUUUUGUCGCUAUCCCAAUCUUCGUACGUGGACUAUAUCGACGACGCUCAAUUUUAUCUCCGUUUCCAGUGCCGACAUAGAUGCUAUUGCGAUGGCUACACCAGAACUCAAGAACAUCGAGGGCAUAUGGUUCACCUUUUGGCGUGUCUGCCAAAAAAUGGAUCUUGCAAGCCUGACACGUCUGACCGUGACAUCAGACGACGGGCUCAAAUCGAUUGAUUCGCCUCUAAUCCAGUCGGCCAGCUUACAAUAUCUGGACUACUGGAUGGGUUCGAUAGAGGGUACCGUGAACGAGCUACUGG